CUUUUUCUUCCAUUUUUAAAAAUUAGUUGGAAGAGACAGAUGGAAACGAAAGAAUUUUCAUUGACCAUGGGAGGAAGAUACAAGGGGAAAUUGAAGGAGCAAAGGGAGCAAUUGAAAAUGGGUCGUGGUCCAGGAACCCACGAGAUUCUUCAAUGGCCCGACGACGUGCUGCAAAAACCUUGCAAGACAACGAAAAGAAACGUUGGAUUUGGCGGAAUUGUUCCUCUUUUCCAACCUUCUUGGCCGUCCGUUACUCCAGGACCAGGCGAAUGAUUCAACAAAUUAAUCUCCUUCCACUGGCGUCCACUUCGAUCAAUUUUUAGUAACAUUUUUUUGCUCCUCGUUUCAGGAUACUCAAAGUAUUAUCCUUAUUAUUACAUCGACAAGAGAGAACGCGAGGGCCUCUCCUGCGUUCCAACGUUCGAGUACGAUGGUUUGCAACCAAGAUCCAAGAUCGAAGUUAAACCUUGGUCACUGCCCUGCAUCUUAUACAACGUGAAGGAUUCGAGGACGAUGGACGCUUUUUUAAACAAAGUCGUUGGAAAGAGGGGUCCCUACGAUUUGUUCACAGGGCCAAGAGACGAGACCACGAUGAAAAAUUACUUCGCAAAACCGAAAAUAAAAUUCGACAACUGGCCCAAAUCGAUCCCAUGCGAAAUGGACAAAUUAAAAAAGAAAUCGAAUUAUUACAAGGGACGUUGGGGCACUUGUCCAAGAUUUCUAAAGGCAUCGGGCAUAAGGAUGAUGCUGAAGGAUAUAUCGCUGUGUUACAAGGAUCCAAAGGAGCCGGGGCCCGGCUAUUACGAUCCAAAAUCUCCGAGGAAGCCAAAGAACAUGAAGAAUUAUCCGUUCAACAUGAACACCGAAUUCAUCAGACCGCCUCCGUCGACGGAAAUUCGACCUGGACCAGGAAGAUACACGAUCGAGAAGAAGAGAAUUAUAGAAGGACACGGAUGGACGUACAUCUUCAAGAGCAAAGCUCCUCGAACCAAAUUUAUUUACAUCCCCUCGUACAGUUACUUCUAAUUCUUUUCCCCUCUUCGUUUCAAUUUGUUUAUUGAAAUAUCGUUAUUAAAAUAAAAUAUUGAAUUUCGAGGGA